AUGACUGUCCCACACGACUUAUGCGCCCGGAUUCAGAAUGGUUUUCGAGCCAGACUUGCAUCUAUAGCGGUUCCCGAAUCAAAAUUAAAUCUUGCAAUCUCAUUAAUUCUCUAUCAUCAGGGUUUCAUUUCCGGAGUACAACGUGGUAACCAUAAAUGUCCCGACUUGAAGUUCACGCCCACCACGCCCGCCAAUAUUUCCAACCGAAGACUGUGGUUGGACCUUAAGUACCGCGAUAAUGAACCGGUGUUAAGAAGAAUGAGUUGUGUUAGCAAAGGUUCCAAGAGAAUCUACAUGAAAGUGGACGAAUUGCAGGAUUGGUCAACUGGCAAAAGAGCCAAAUUUGUGUCUCCAUUACAACCAGGGGAGAUCGCAAUUAUUAGCACGCCUAGAGGUGUUUUGGACAUCACGGAUGCCUUGUCAUUGAGGACGGGAGGAGAG